AUGACGGACGCCGGAGCUUCGACCGCGGCGUUUGCGUUUGCCGCACUGAUGGGCUGCGGAUCACCGAAUCAGCCUACGUUUUCCAUGGAAUCAUUGCUGAAGCCGGAAAUUUCCGACUUUUCACCUAAAGCUACUGGAAACACAGAAGAGUCGACAAUAUGCUCGGUCUGUUGUGACGAGGCCAGCGGUCGACAUUAUGGUGUUGUUGCCUGCUUCGGAUGCAAAGGUUUCUUCCGACGCACUGUUCGCGCUGGAAAGAACUACAUUUGCCGAUAUGAUCAGAAGUGCCGAAUCGAUAAAGCUGGACGAAACGUUUGCCGUUCGUGCCGAUUUCAAAAAUGUCUCGACGUGGGAAUGGAGCCAGAUGCUAUCAGACCCGAUCGUGACAAAACAGGUCGACAGAAGAAUCCGAGACGAAAUGGCACUCAUCUGAUCAAUGGCCUCGACCCGGCCGUCGUGAAAAAACUCUCGGGCGCAUCGAUGUUCGGCGACUUACCGUGUGUGAAUAAGAGGGACGAUUCCGACGAUAAUCCUACGUCGCCAUCAUCUCGUGCCGAAUCAGCACCUGCUGUUGAUGUCCGACCGAGUCCAUGUGACGAGAUCCUAACGACACUACGUGAAAUCGAGCAGAUCUGCUUACAACUGCGUGAUGUGGCACCAGUGUCACCAAUGGCCCGGCCUACCCUUCUGGAUUGUGUCCAUCGACCGUCCCUGAUCACUCCCAGAUCUCAGAUGGUAUUCGAGGCCCUUCAUGGUCCAGCGAGUUUGACGUCAAUCGCAGAAAACGUCCGAAGGAUGACUGUGUUGGUGUUCGACUACGCGAACACGUUGAAACCAAUUGCCGACAUACAACCUGAAGAAAAGAUCGCAUUGAUUCGAAAUUGCAUCACACCGUUUGCACUGCUUAUGUUGAGUUUUCACUCAUCGAAACACGAUUCCGAUGCGAUUGUUCUACCAUCUGGUCAUACGUUACCAUCGGAUAUGUCACUGUUCACAUCAGUCCUCGAUGACGAUAAACGACACCUUCUGAUGAUCGCGAAAUGCGAAACUGUGCGCCGAGCGUUGGUCGAUCAGGUUAUGCAUCAACUACGAAAGUUGCACGUUACAGAAACGGAACUAUUAGCCUUAAAGGCAAUUAUGGCGCUGGAUCCCAACGUGAAAGGCCUAUCGAUGAAAUCCUCUGGGCAUCUACUCGUUGGUCGUGAAUCCGUGCAAAAUGCACUCUUCUCUCACCUGAUGGCACGAUAUCCACCAUCAGAGGCGACUGCCCGCUUCGGCCAUCUAUUGCUGUUGAUCGCGUCGGUUACGAAAGUGGCAUCGACGUUAACCGGACUUGUGCAAUUCAGUAAAGAUAUCUCGCUUGGAGUUGAUCCAUUACUGGAUGAGUUACUGUUGAAAGAGUUCUAA